AUGUCCAAAUACUGUGAAUUUCCUGACUGCGAAGGCGGCCCAUACACCAAUGAAGAGGCCCGAAAACACAAAUGGCGCUAUCACUCCUUCCCUGCUUCCUUCAUCAUCGGGGGACGCGAGUACAUCGUGGCACAAUCCGACACUCACUAUGCCUGCCCAUUGCCUGGGUGUGACAAAGAAUUGAGGAAGCGCGACGACAUGCAGAAGCACGUCAUCGCUGACCACAACGGCGGCGUCUCCAUCAAGGUCUUUGACACUCGUGAUACUCGUGAGCAUCGUCGGACAGCUGCUAAUGAUCGCCUUGUAUUGACCCGCGCCGUUUUGUGCUCAGCGAUGGACCAAGACCGUGAUGUCUCAGCGCAAGCUCUUGUGCCAGGGACUCCGUCCCCUCAGGGGAUUAUUCCCACAGUCGACGAUGGGUCUCCUGUCGAUUCUGACACGGUUAAACUCCUGCCGUCGGUGGACUACUUGAAGUCGAACGAGGCUCUUGAUGCGCUGGGGGUGCCUUCUACAGCUGUUCAACAGGCUUUCUUGGCUUUCUGCUCCGAAGCCGAGAUUUACGAAAAACCCGAGUGCGUCAAGCUACCAAGUGCUGGAGGACCUCCCAUUCAGCUCAUCAGUCCCCCCACCGCCGGUUAUGCAUGUGUUAUGUCAACUGACUGCACCUACUCUGUCAAGGACUUGCCAACCAUGCAAAGGCACUGCAGGGAGAAGCACAAGACGGAGCCCUUAGCAAACGUUCGACAUCGAGCAUGCCUCGUUCAACGGAUUUUCACUGGGGUCAGAGGCUCAUAUUUCGAGAUCUCAAACGACCUUCUUCCAGGAGCCAGACCUCAGCUCAAAGACAGGCUCAAAGAAACGUUCUUGCCUGGAUUGGAUGCUCCCUUGGUCGUUCCCGCUGACACGGAACGAGAACGCACCCCGCUUGUCCGCUGCAUGGCCUGGGACACGUUCAUGACAGAAACCCGCAUGAACCCCGCGCAGAGACGAGCGGCACAAGAAAUCAAGAAGCAGCACGCUGACAAGGAACACGAUGGCAUCCUCACCCGACUCGCUGAGACGGUAGACGAUCAUUUCCACAAAGCAGCGACUAUCUUGGAUGGUCAUCCCCAGAAGCUCAGCCUAAGCAAAAUCUUGGUGCACGGCAAAAACAUACCCCGAGAGACGCGAGUUAUUUCACCACCGCUUGGGAUCAUCUUUGCUGACCCUCCUUCCGAUCCCCAUGCCUCGCGUCGCAGCAGGAUGAUUUCCUACCACAAUCUGGCUUGGUCCCUCGUCGAUGCCGACCCGACGCAGUGCGAUGCAUCGUGGGCAAACCCUAUUCAGAGAGCCAUCUGGCUCAAGGCAUUGCGCGCGGAUGGAAAUUUCUAUGAAGCCACGGAUCUCACUCCCGACCUCGCAAAAUGGAAGUACUUUUGCAAUUUGGUCGCGAUCCUGCAAGCAUUGUUGGACAAAGACCAGGAUACAGACGGCGUGCAUCCAGAUGACUUCGAGCGCGUCGCUCGUGUACACGAGAAAGCGCUGUCGCUGGGUCGCCCUACGUCAUUCAAUAUGAUUUAUGAAAUGCAGCAGUAUGCAUCAUCUCUGGCGUUCAAUCAAACGCAGGAGGCCAAAGUGUUCGUCGAUCCAGACUUCAAAUGGAUCACCAUCGGGGUGGAAACGAUGCACCUGGACAAGCUGCGAGAGGGCAUCCAGCAUCUAGCACAGGACAUGAAGUCACGCUACAGGGCCCUUACGCAAAGCAACAACGUGAUGACCAAGAUGCCAGAUCAGGUGAAGGAUGAUCUCACAAACACCACGAGGGGCUACUCUUUUAUAUCGGAGAACCCGUUUUUCGAGAAGCGCCAUUCUCUCCUUCUCUUCUUGGUGGAGCAGUAUAACCUUGCUAUGGUGGACAACGCGGGUCGCAUCGCAUGGAACAUACCUGCAGUCAAGGAACUGCUGAGACGCACCCUGCGCAUCUGGGAGCCGGCAUACCAUUUGCUCUACAUCACGACCCACAUUUCUUCGCGCGGAACUCAAUUUAUUGAUCAUCAAAUCUCCAAUGCUGACCGACACAGGAAUCUAUUUAUGCAAGGAGCCGAGAUGUUCCUUCUGACCGGAUACAGGAUUGUGUAUGGCAAGGAUGCAGAGCAUCUCUACAGAACCUACCUCUGUGUCGGGGAUGGGAAGAGAAUCAGCCCGGCAAGGUUCUCUGCGAACGUUCAGCACAUGAACUAUGAAUACUUCGAAUGUCGAUGGGGAUUGAGAGAUUUCCGCCAAGGCACGAUCACAAUGGGUCGUGAAUUCAUCUCUCCCAACGAGUCCAAAGAUGGGUGUCGAACGAAUGGCACAUCUUCCUCAGGUCUCGGUUCCUCGCCGCCUCAACAACCGGUUCGAUUGCGUCGUGCGGAAAUCGCGAGAGCGACGCGAGGGGUCGACUUCGAGUCCAUCUCUGACCAAGUCGUAAAGACCAUGACUGGCGUUCUCACCUCAUUUUUCAACGACGACAUAAAGACCCUCAUCCAACACGCCGUCUCUGCGAGCUUGCAAGAACACCAGAAAAGUAACGAUCCCACCGGACUCAGUUUGUCUAGCGGCUGGGCGCCGCCUGCCAUGGAUCUGGAAUUUAAUACCUCGGAUUUGUUCUUCCAGGACGGGGACAGACUCUCCCUUCCACCCUCUUCUGCUGCCCGCCGUCUCCCAUUUGAAUAUCACCGGACUUAUUAUUGCCGGACCCCGGCCCCCUCCCCCGACAUUGUGCCCACCAGCGAUCAGGAAGAAAAUGUUUCACGGUCAGGAAAUCGAAGGGGACAGCUGGAGCCCUAUGAUGUCGGCCAGCCUCCACCAGCCACCCCUGCCCCUAUGGCUAACGCCUCAUUACCUAGCGAUCUGGGAGAAUUACCCGCGUCCUCGCCAACCACCGCCACCGCCAAGUGGAAGGCUACAGCCCAUGCCUUCGACCAGCCUCCGUCAUUCACCACCGUCAUGAAUUCUUCGAAAGGGAGGUCCAGGGCGCAGGCUAUUGAACACCCGCCGCCGUUUACACUCGCUGGCAAGCAUGGGCCGUCUAGGACCGUCGUCAAUGCUUCCAAGGCGAAAGCCAGAGACGAAAGUAUUAAACAGCCCCAUUCCACCGCAUCAGCCCUGUCGAGUUCACCCGCUGUGGCGACAGCAGUGCAUGCUUUUGACCGGCCGCCUUCAUUCGCCUCCAUCAUAGAUCCUUCAACAGGGAAGGCUAAGGUGCAGGCUGUUGAAUCGCUAUUCACACCCACUGGCAAGCCUGGACCGUCGAGGACCAUCGCCUAUGCUUCCAAGGGAAAAGCCAGAGACGUCAGCAUCACCCAGGCCCAUUCCUCUGUAUUGUCCCUAUCGAGUUCACCUGCAGUAGCGCCGAUGGCAUACCGCAAACAUCAUCGCCCUCAGCAUAUCAGCGAGCCGGAUGAUGAUGAUGAGGAAGCGCCUAGGAAGCUCAAGCGUCUUCGUCGCCCAGCACCGCAGCUCCAGACGUUCAGAUGGAGACCAUCAGCCAACCAGCGAUGA